UGGCCAUGAAAGUUUUUCCUUCCGCAUCUUUGAGAUUCGUCGGAUGGUAAGUGGGAUGCCGAGGAUGAUAAGGGUAUAAAUAGAGGAAGCGGUCUUCUUCAGAAUCACUCAACUCAUUCGGUUCGACCUCUCGCACCUACAGCACCAUGAGAUUCAUCAUUGCUACCCUUCUUUUGGCUUCUUCUGCCAUGGCUGCCAACAUGGGCAUGAGCGUCCACGGCGGAGCCUACAAUUUCGGUUAUGCCACCGGAGAUGCUGGCGGACACAGCAGAGUAGAAUCAGGUGCUGGCGGAAAUGUCGCUGGUAGUUACAGUUAUAUCGAUGCUAAUGGAGACAUGCGUACUGUUCAAUAUACUGCUGGACCUGAAGGUUUCAAGGCUUCUGGAGAUACCGGUGUAGAUAGAAAAACUGCUGCUGCCGCCGCUGCUAUGGCCGCUCUCGCACCCAAGGCUCCCCUUGCAGCAGCUCCAAUUGCCCCAGUAGCUCCUGCCUGGCACUAUGGUUACCCAUCCGUCUACAUGGGCAUCCACCCUGGAAUCGCCGGAUACGCUGCUAGAUGGUAGAUAUCUCCAGACAAUUCAAACGAAACCUUAUUCACAACAAAGAGACUGUGAUCACGAUGCAUGGUAGCCAUUACGCUUUUGGGGGUGUUUAUGGUUUCUUACACAGGCAGCGGGUAUGUUUUCUAAUUCAAGUUUGAUUCUACCUUCCACAUGUGCCAAAAUUUUCUUUGCGAUCAUCAGAUGUUCAUGUUGAGCAUCAAAGCUUCAUUGUAAAUACAUAGGCAAUAAAUAUAAUUUUGCAAUUUUAGAGAA